UUAUUAAAGUAAAAAUAUCGUUUAUUUUGUUUAGUUAUCAAAUAUGACUGGGUAUACAGUAGUGCAUCUACCAAGUGAAUCCUUUCCGAAAGUAUCUGAAAAACAGAUCGAAAAAAAUGAAACUGAUCAACAUGAAGUUCAAUCGUCAAAUGAUUUACAACAAUCAAAAAGUGAAGAAGAAAAAUGUUCAAUGAUUGUACCCGUCAAAGAUUGUGAAACGCCACCAUCGCGUACAAACUGA